AUGUCUCAAACAAAUAUCAAUUCUCCUGCUACGACGACAGAUGGCUUUAACGCACGUACCCUGUGGCCUGAUAUGAUAAGGACACCAACAAACAAGUGGGUCUAUACAUGUAAGGAAAUCGUUGAUCGGUUGGGCACUGAUCCGCACAUAGCGAACGAACUGAAAAGGAGGAUGGAAAAAUGUCUCAUGUAUUUCUAUGUGAUGAAGAAACAGCUCAAAUUGUUUGAUCACACGUACACAGCAGCUUGUAUUCUAUUUUUCAGAUACUGGUUCGUCUACGGCCUGCCACCAACUUUGACAGAGUGCAUACAUCUGUCCCAAGCUAUGCUUGUUACAGCCUGCAAGACCGUUGAAAACAAUAGACCGAUUGAUGUAUAUGUUAAAGGUACUUCAGACUUUAUGUUGAAAGACGUCCCUACGUCCCGUGGUAGACAAAAUGUUGAGAAACUCAGGUGGGAGCUGCGAGACAGGCUGGUCGCUUGUGAAAAGCAAGUUUUGUGCCAGCUGGGAUUUGACUUGAAUCUCAACAACCCCAAAGAACUCAUAGAAGAGAUCUUCAGUGGGUAUUUCCGUUACAACAGAGACUUUGAGUUGAGUGAGGAAUUUACAAAGGCCCUUCCUAAAAUUAUUCAAGAUGCACGAAAUUUUAUAAUACAAGCAGGUACGCAACCAGUGUCUCUACUGUGCGAUGGUUUUACUUUUACAGCCUUGUCAUUGGUGUUCUGUGGACUGCAGUUCAAAAAGAAUAUGGAUUCGUCCUUUAGAUUUCCAAAAAACUUCUUUUCCCAACGAUUUCCUUUCAAAGCAACACCUCUUCAAUUCGUGGAGCUGCUUACUGAUUACAGGGUUUUAGAGGACAAUUUCUUUGACUUGAAAAGUAACAAGGGAGAUAAACUGCAAGUGUCAUUGGAAGAAAUGAACAAUUUAAUUGAUGAAGAUGAACAAUCUGAAGAAAGCAUGGAAAAAGAUCACAACGUUUUUGUUUAUGAGAAUAUCAAGGAUGGUAUUGUAAGAGAGGAAUUACUGAAAAGCAUCGAGGGUCGCAUUGAGGAGUUGACAGCAAAAAUAAAAACGCAAAGUGAAGCGAGCGAAAAAAGGGCAGCUGCUGACACAGAAAUAGCUAGUAGUGCCGCGAAAAAGAGGAAACAAUAA